CACACACACACACACACACACACACACACACACACACUCACAGAGACACUUGGUCUUUAAAGCACAAGACGGAGUACAAGGAGCAUGUUUCUCUCAUUUCCAUUCACUUACAGCGGACUGACCAACAGCUUCAGCUACAAAACUGGUGCCAUAGGAUCUGAAGCAUGAGUCAUUGUUCAGCCUCCAGGGUGCGACAGCAUGUCCACUGUGAUUCCUGCUACAGCCGGUGCUGCAGGGCUCGGGUGGAGGUCUCUGUGUGCUGUGCGGUCAUCUCCUGCCGCCUGCUCUGUGGAGCUCUCUUCCACUUGUGUAAAGAGGAGGAUCACCUGCUGCUCUGCCCUAAUGUGAGGGUGCCUUGCCUCAAUGCUGAGUAUGGCUGCCCGCUCCACCUGCCCCGCUCCUCACAGGCAGCUCACCUCCAGGUGUGUCCGGCCAGCGUGGUGUGUUGCUCCAUGGAGUGGAACCGAUGGCCAGUCAAUGACGCCUAUUCUUAUCCAAACACAGAGCUGCAUGAAAACCUGCUCAAGGAAGGAGAGCAGAAAGGAUGUCUGGACCUGGCCAUGGCCCUGAAAGACCAGGACCUCCUGUUUCACUCCAUGAAGAUGAAGAAACUGUUCCCAGAGCUGAUCAGUGUGGAGAAGGAGGAGGAGGAGGAGGAGGAGGAGGAGGAGGAGGAGGAGGAGGAGGAGAGGAGGAAGAAGAAGCAGGAAAAAGAGGAAGCCGAAAAGGCAGCUACAAAGGAUGCCAGUGGUCAAACAGGGAAGUCUUUUAACAUGUUUGACAUCUAUAACCCUGAUAUUAAAGAAGAUAAGGAUGAAGAUGAGGUUGAAUUUAAGCAGGAGCCAACCCAGGAGGAGAGAGAGACUACUAACAACCCAGUGAAUGCUGAUCAGUUAGAAAGCUACAACGCCUGGGAGCGUAUGUUUAGUAUGGAGAUGGGUGGCUGCAGGGAAACUGGGGAGGCAGGCAGAGACCAGGGACUGUCGAAAGGAAAAGGCCUGGGCACUCUGACAGAGGAAGAUACAGCAGAGACUUGUGUGGGUGCCACAGCAUCAAACACCUGCAAACAGGGGAGCAGUGCGUAUAUUGCUUCCUCCACAUCCUCUUCUUGUCCUGCUGUAAAACUGAAAAAGGAAUUUGAGUAUGGAUAUGUGGAGCCAAUGAAGAUUAUCACUGUGCGUACCUUUAAAAUCCCAACCAGCUUCUCUGCCAAGCAGAGCCGUAUCAGCAACCCUAGUUUCUACAAGAGGGAGAGUCGAGCUGUGGAUACUAGUGAUCUGGGGGUGGCGCUAGAGGAGAUGCCAGUGUGGGAGGAAGUUCAGGCCUCUCUGCUGUGCUCCCUGGAGAAGGAGAAAAGGGGUCACCUCAUUGCAGAGAGCGUAUUCACAGAUGCUCUGCUACAAGAUGAGGGCACACAGACCUACAACUUCCUGUCUGCUCCUUUUCGGACAAACACGUCGCUGGCUGAGCUGACUGCUGCAAAACCGGUGGAGCUACACCUUCAGCUGCAGGUGGAGAGCGUCACCAGCCGGCACCACAAGGCCAGCUCCGCCUUCACCUUCCUCUGUGGACACACCUUCCAGCGCAGAGAAUAUGGCAAACAUUAUAAGAACAGCCACAGUGACAUCCAGAUGGGUGUGAACGGAUGGUUCGAGCAGAGAUGCCCCCUGGCAAACUUGGGAUGCACCUACAGCCAGAGGAGGUUUCAGCCCUCCACACAAAAAGCCACCAUCUCCUACAACGAGGAUCUGGGCUGCUUUAGCCUGCAACCCACCACCCUUGUCUCUCUGAGUGAUGCCUCCUCCCAGACAUCCAGCAGCUCAGAGGACUCCUCCACAGCUCAGAGGAAAAGAGGAGAUUGGGGAGGAGGAGGACGAGAAGAAGGAGGAGGAAGAGGAGGAGAGGACUCUCUGAGCUCGCUGCCCUACGAGGUGCUGUGCCACAUGGCCAGUUUUCUGGACAGUCUGUCCCUGUCCCAGCUGGCUCUGGUGUCCCAGCUGAUGAGGCAGGUGUGCUCCUCUCUGCUGCAGGAGAGAGGGAUGGUCACCCUCCGCUGGGAGAGGAAGACCUACUCACAUGGAGGAGCCAAGUGGCGGGUGAAGCAGAUGGUAUGGCAGUUUAGCACUUUGUUCUCUCCUGUGGACACUUGGGCCUUCCAAGACAUGCCGUCCAUGUCCGAGCACCUAAAGGUGUGUCACUGCUAUGAGAGAGAGUCCAGGACAGAGAAGAUUCACCUGCCGCGUAUCAGAGAAGAAGAAGUCCAAACCAAGACAAGCUGCAAAGCCUCCACUCUGGUUAGUUUGUUUCAGCAGAAGAGGAUCAUGAUGUAGUGUAUGUUGCUUUAAUCUGUUAUUAUAAAACAGAUGUUGCCCACUCUUUUUCUCUCUCCCCAUAUCCCCUGUCACUGCCAUCCACUGUCAUUUAAAAUAUAACAGAGAAAAAUGCCAUUAAAAAAAAGAAAAAAAUGAGUGAAACCUAAAUAAUCUUAUUACUUUAUAGA